AUGGCAGCGGGACUUCCAGACGACCUCGUGCUCGAAUACGACAUGCUGCAGCUCGUGGACGGCGACGACGUCUCGAACAGCUUCAUGGACACACCAGCGUCCCCCGCGGCCUCGUCGAACGUCGAGGAUCUGCUAUCCAACUGCUCAGUGGGCGUGAGCAUCUCUACGUCAGCUGCAGACGCUGCUGCGGCCUCUAGCGCCUCCUGCGCGUCGUCUGCAUGCGCCUCAGGUGGCGCCGGCUGCUCGUCCGCCACUGCCACGAAAUCCCCAGAAGCAGAGACCAACACUCAUGACGAGUUUGCCGAGUUCCUAUUGGACGGUGAGCAAUUUCUGCGCGACAUGGAGAAGGUAGUAAAAUUAGACUUGGACGAGAAUCAGAAGAAUCAGACCGCACUCGAGCAGAGUGAUGGUGCCAUCGACCUGGACGCCUUCACGGACCUGGACAUGCUGCCUUCGCCCUGUCCGAGCGCGCCCAGCACGUGUCCCAGCACAAUGGACGGGUCUCCAUGCAGGACGGACGUGGACGAGUUCGAUGUCGAGUGUCCGUUGUUGACCGAGGAGCAGAAGGAAGAGGAAGCGGCCAAGAAGUAUCAUGAGGCGUUGAUGGGCCACAUUCUGCCUCCCAUGUCUCCUCCCAGACUUCCACACACAAAUUCAACGCUGUCAACGUCGUCUGAGACGUCUUCGCUUGGCCACACGACGGACGGGAGUGUGACGGCGUCGCCGUUGCCUUCAAUGCCUGAGGAAACAGUGAAGGAGCCUGAACACUUGGAAACUCAUGACGAAGAGGACGAGGAGAUGGAGGAAGAAGCCAUGGAAGACGAGAUGGAUUUGCUGGAGAAAGAAGCCAAGUAUUUGGACGCACAGAGGGAUUUCCUGCAGUCUCGUGCCAAGUCCAGUCGUCCUCAAAGGAAGAGUAUUAAGCAGCGUCGUCCACGUGAUACAGAGCAGACGAAACAGCUGGCAAAGAGUCAGGAGGACAACCAGCUCCUGAACGACUUGGUUGCACAACAGAAGGUUUAUCAGGAUAACUUCAAGGCCAUGCUCGCAUUCGCUCCUGUGAACGAUGUGCGUAUGGCUUUGAUGACCCCCAUGGAGUCGUACAUUCGUCUUGGCAAGGACUUUAACGAGCGGAGAAAAACAAUUCUGUCUCUUCGUGAGGAGAAACUCGACAUGACGUACAAGUUCAUUGAGCAGAAGGCUGCGGGUCUGGAUAUCAACCAGCCGUACCAGUACUCCGAUAUGUUCGAGAAGUUCGGCAAGCACUACUGCGUCAACUUCGCCAUUUCCAAGUACGAUGGCGUGAGUGUCUUCCAGGUUGGACGCGCCAUCUACGAACAGAUUGCAGGCAAGGACGAGGCACUAAACAACGCGAUGGGAUCCACUACCAUCCGCGAGUCGUUUGAUACCAUCAAAUGUAACUUCAUGCACCAGCGCAUUGUGUCAAGUAUGAACUGGGAAAAUGAGGGCGAAGAUGCCGAAAAGAUGCCAGACAUGGAGUCAAACGCCAUUUUCUAUUGCCGGUUUGGAGACAACUCCGCAGUCUUAGCUACAGAUUACAUCGAUCAGGAUGAUCUCCACCCAUACGACACAUCAAAUCGCAUCCGUAAGGAUGUUUCUAGCGGCGUGGUGCUGUCUGGCCACACGGAUGCUGACGGCAAGAAGUUUGUCGUGAUGAAGCGUUAUUUGAUGGCCAAGUACCACAUGUACCCGCACAAGGUGUCGCAAGAACAACAAGAUCGUUUCUUCGCCAGUAUGCCCAAGUGCCACGACACAAUGAAGACGCUCAUCGUCGACCGGCUCCAGCGCAAUGAGACGGGCUGUCCGUGUGCUGGUGAGGACUGA